ACAAAUAGUCAUAAGAAGGCGCCAUAUUGGCCUCAGUUUAGCAAAAACAUUCACCAUGAAAUACUUUGUGAUUACGUUCUUCGUGUUUUCUUUGUUUCAAGUGGUACUGCUACAAAAUGUGAGAAAUGAAGAUGACGGUUCUUCAUCAGAUAAAAUGAAAAUGUCUGCAUCAACGCUCCUGCGAGCUAUCAAUUUUGUAAACAACGCAUUUAAUGAAAAGAGUUUCUAUAAUGAAGUGACUGAUGAUCAACAGCAACUCAUAAAUUUUAUCAUCAAGAAUUUAAGCAAUAAUCCUCAAGUUAUGUCAUCGGUGGAAAAGAUUAAAGGAAAGCUGAUGAAAAUGGCUGCCAACCUGAAGAAUGAAGAAGGAUUCGAAGAUCUACUCCAGACUCCUUAAUCUUAUUAACGCUAUAUAAUAUUUUUACUAGACACUGGAUUAUAUGCACUAUAAAAAUUACAUAUGAAUGCAAAUGUGCACUAAAAUCAGGCGAAAUAUGCAUAAAAUACGCAAAAGUAAAAUACUAUUACAAUUUAUGUCUAUUUUCACAUAAACCUAUUGUAAUUUUUAUGACAGUAUAUAUCUUUUUUUUUACAUUUUCUAUAGUAAACUUGUGUAGUUUGUCAUCUAAUUUUAAUUUGUCAUGCGAAAGUAACCUCUCUACGUCACCUCAUUGGACAGGAUUUGAAAUUUGGCUAUUAAUGCAAAAUCCAAGACCCUGGUUUUAUAAAAAAAGCAUAAUUGCCACAGACUUUUAGCGACAGUCUCAAAAGUUCGUUACUCGGUUAAAUCAUUUUGUUCAUACCUGUGUAACACAUUUAAUAACUGAAUUCCGCACUAUCAAUAAAAAGUUAGGAAAAUAUGCAAUAGCGCUAUAAAAAUUGCAUAAUACAUUUGCUUAUGCAAACUGUGUAUAAUCCGAUGUCUGGUCCUUAGACAAUUAAUUAGUACGUUUAAAUUAGCUCAAAGUAGCAAAUCAACUGUUUGCUGGAUGAUAGAUACUUAGAUAUAAUAACUAUCUUACUUAUAUAAAAAUUACUGAAAAAUAAUUUUUAUUUGAUAAAAAAUAAAUGGCUUAAUGUAUUUA